GAGUAGCUACUAUAACGUAGUGAUUACUUGCUCUGUGCUAGCUACCAGAUUAUACAUUUUUAUUAUUAUUAUGGAUUGUUUGCUUUCUAUAUUAGUUAAUAAUUAAAAUUCUUUCUAAAAAUGUGGAAAUAUUUAUUGAGACGAUUUCGAGAAACUGUUGAACGUGGUGCUAAUUGUUUUGAUAAACGUGGCACCACAAGUGGACUAGUCAAUUCUCUUGGCAAUUUACCUGAAGAAAAUAAACAGACUGGACCACCUUGCAGCUGGUUUUCUUCAAGGAAUUGUUGGAAGUCAUUUAAGGAUGACAACGGUACUAAUAGUACAAAAUGGAAUUUCGAAAAUUUAAAUCAUUCUUGUAAUUGGCUGGGUGCCAUCACAUGGAGUGGAGUACUUGUAAUGGGAUGGUACGCAACUCAGCUUACUUAUUUGAAGAAAAAAUACCAUUCAAAACAGUUUCAAAAUAAAAAUACAUCUUUUAGAAACUUGCUAUCUAUUUUGUACCCAUAUGUUUCUUGUGUUAACAAGAAUCCUGCUUAUUUGACUUCCACCGCAAAGUUAGAAAGUGUUAUUAAAAACCUUACUCCGACUGUUCAUUUGAUGUCAAAUGACAAUCUUGGUGUAACUCAAGAAAGUAAUAGCAACUCAAAUGAAGAUAAUACAUCAGUAAAGGAGUUUAAGGACAUGCUGAAUGUCAUUGAGAAUAAGUUGGCACUAUCUGCAAUUGAAAAUGGUCAAACCAAGGAAGGAUUGAAAUUAUUAAGGUCAGCAGCAAAUCGGAAUUAUGCACCAGCAUUGUAUAAUUUAGGAUUAUGCUAUGAGAAGGGUAUUGGUGUUCAGAUCGAUGAGAAAAUGGCAAUGCAGCUGUAUCAGUCUGCUGCCGCACUUGAGCAUCCUGGUGCUCUUUAUAAUUUGGCUGUCUAUUAUGGACGGGGAAGAGGAGGCUUACCAAAAGAUACAGAAACAGGAACUAGACUGCUGCGUUUGGCUGCUAUCCAAGGGCAUGAAACUGCUAUAAAUGCCCUUAAAUCAUUGGAAGAAGAUAUGCCUAAUAUUUCAGAAGAUGACAAAGAUAUGUGGAAUUUUAAUUAUUCACUUUUGGGACGCCAUGAUAAUGUUGUUGCUCCCGUACAUACAACACUUUUUGUUGAGAAUGUCAACUAUUUACGAUCACAACAGCAAAUGCAGGAACUUGUAUUUUAAUUUUCAUAUAUCAAUUAUGGGUGAGGGGUUUUAUUUUAUGUAGACACGCAAGCUGUAAAAACAUAUUUGGGAAAACCUUCAUUUGAGUCCAGUUUGAAGGCAUAACGAUGUAGUUUAUAUUUUUAUUAAGUUUUACGAACAAUCGAUAUGAACGAAACUUAGCUUUUAUUUGGUACUAGUGACCCGCUCCGGUUUCGCACGGAUGCAAUAUUUGUUUAUGUAAAUUUAAAACUUUUCAACAUAAAGAUUGGUAUAUUGGCGUGUAUGAAAGUACUGCGCUAAUAAUCUCUAAGAUUUUAAAAUGAAUGGCUUGUAAAAUUUAUUUUACUUUAAACAUAAAUACAAUGUUUUAGGUUGAGAUUUUAAAAUUUAUAUAGUCUCAGAUUUUUUUGUAAAGCUAAAAACAAUGAUUAUUUUUGCUAUAGAUUUAUUUUUUUUAUUUCAAAGUGUUUAGGCAGCGCAUACUUUAUUAUAGAAUUUUUGCUUACUUCAAUUACUUUUAUUGCGAUUAAUUAUUUAAAAAUAUAUAUUUAUCAAAAUAAAAAGUAGCCUAUAGCAUUCAAAGACAAUAUACCUUUCUAAUAGUGAAAGAAUUUUCAAAAUCGGAUCAGUAGUACAAGAGAUUACCCCAAACAUGCAAACUUACAAAUUUUACCUCUUUAUAAUAUUAGUAUAGAUUGCUAUAUUGCCAUAGCAGAUAUAUACCUUUCAAUAAGUUCUGUGCACAAAAAAAUUAAUUACUAGAUAAGAAUGAUGACUUCAUAAAUGAUAAUUUAAUAGCUACACAAUUUCUAAAAGUUCUUCAUAAGUGUUCUUGACAUCUUUGCUUGAAGUGGCCCAUUAGUGGUCUAUGUAUUUAAAAUAUUUGUGUUAAAAAAAAAAAAUACCUACACCUCUUGAUAGUGUGCUAUUCCACCAAUUGCUUAGUCCUCAUACCUUGAGUUAUGAAAAUAAAAUCAGACGUCAUAUAUCUGGAGCAUAAUCCCGACCUUAACCACUUU